AUGUAUUUAACCGGGACCUAUAUACAAACAAAAGUUCUCAAAAAGACACUGGAAAGCUUAACUAUCAUACGUCGCCGAAGCUCCGAUUUUUAUUUGGAGAUUAAAAUAGGUACUGAGAAAAAAACUUUAAGAUGA